UUGCUUGAAUUAUUAAUCAUGUUGGUGAUAUUAUUUCUAUCGAUUUUUGCUACAAAUUCCUUCGCUCAAAUUGAAGUUUACGAUGUUCCUGAUUUUAAUCAAAUUGAAAAUUUUAAUAAAACAGCGUACGCUGGAAUUUGGUAUGAUAUUUUUAGAAUUCCAAAUGUCAUUGAUUUCGGUGAUAAAUGCUCAGUUGUUACGUAUGAAUUGAAUCAACAAUUGGGAUCUUACAAAAUGACAAUUAAUGCAAUUAAUACAAUAACUAAAAAAUAUCGUAAUUCAAUUGCUGCAGCUUUACCAAAGGAAAAUCAACAAUCAGCAUUUACAUUUCGUUAUCCAAUUGUUCCACCAAUUGAUCUUGGAACCAUCUAUAUUUUAGACACGGAUUAUGAAAAUUAUGCAGUUUGGAUUGGCAUUAUACCUCUUCGUGAAUAUUCAUGGAUGUUUGCAUUUAUCACUUCAAGAAAACCAACACUUUCAUCUGAAUAUUAUAAAAAAGCAGUUGAAAUUUUAAGUGCUAAUAAUGCUCCAAUUGGCGCACUUUUACCAGUUGAACAAACAUGUUCAAAUAUUAUCAAUACAUAAAGCAAA